AUGCUGAAAUUCCAAGAGACUAAGUGUGCGAGCUGGUGCUCAGCCACUUCCAAGUAUCCAGCUCCCUUGAUUGCAAGAAGAUAUGUUCCUCAGCAGAAACUUGGCAGCGGGAGUUUUGGAACUGUCUAUCUGGUAUCAGACAAGAAAGCCAAACAGGGGGAGGAGCUAAAGGUACUCAAGGAAAUCUCUGUUGGAGAAUUAAACCCGAAUGAAACUGUUCAGGCCAGUGUGGAAGCCCAGCUCCUUUCCAAGCUAAAUCAUCCAGCCAUUGUCAAGUACCAUGCAAGCUUCGUGGAGCAGGAUAAUUUCUGCAUUAUCACAGAAUACUGUGAGGGCCGAGAUCUGGACUAUAAAAUUCAGGAAUAUAAAGAAGCUGGGAAAAUCUUUCCUGAAAAUCAAAUUGUGGAAUGGUUUAUCCAGUUGUUGCUUGGAGUUGAUUAUAUGCACGAGAGGAGGAUACUCCAUCGAGACUUGAAAUCAAAGAAUGUAUUUCUGAAAAAUAAUCAACUUAAAAUCGGGGAUUUUGGAGUUUCUCGACUGCUAAUGGGAUCGUGUGAGCUGGCUACAACUUUAACCGGGACUCCCCAUUAUAUGAGUCCUGAGGCCCUGAAGCACCAAGGCUAUGAUGCCAAGUCUGACAUCUGGUCACUGGCAUGCAUUUUAUAUGAGAUGUGUUGCAUGGAUCACGCGUUUUCUGGUUCCAGUUUCUUGUCUGUGGUUUUAAAUAUUGUUGAAGGUGACACACCUUCACUCCCCGAGAGAUUCUCACGAGAACUAAACACCAUCAUGGAACGCAUGUUGAACAAGAGUCCUUCCUUGAGACCAUCUGCUAUAGAAGUUUUAAAAGUCCCUUACAUCGACGAGCACCUUCAGCACCUGAUGUGUAAAUAUUCAGAUGCGACGCUGGAAGGCAAGAACUCGGUUUGUCAGAAGGAUGCUGUUCAUAUAAUUAGUGCCAUGCAGAAAAAGAUUCACCUGCAGACUCCGCAAGCCCUGUCUGAAGUGCAGAAAAUGACCCCGAGGGAAAGGAUGCGGCUGAGGAAGCUGCAGGCCGCUGAUGAGAAAGCCAGGAAGCUGAAAAAGAUUGUGGAAGAAAAAUAUAAAGAAAAUAGCAAGCAGAUGAAAGACUCAAGAUUCCGGGAGUUUGAACCUCUAGGAGUUGAUCUCUUAUCUCUUUAGAGGAAAAAAAAUCAUUUAAUGGUAAUGGAAGAAAAGGAGGCACGACCUGAGGGAAGACUUUCUUGUUCACCCCAGGCGGAAGAGGGAGCGGGGCAGCCAGGCAGGGAAGAGGAAUUAGAUGAACGGACUUCGGAGAACCUGCCUGACCCUCAGUCCCUUCCUUCCCUGGACCUCGACGAAGUAGAGUCAAGUUUAGACAACACCAUAGUUGGCCUUGGACAUUAUGGGAUCCCAGAAGACCCGCUGGUUGCUGAAGAGUAUUAUGCUGAUGCAUUUGAUUCCUGUUCUGAGGAGAGUGAGGAGCAGGAGGAAGAAAUGGUGUUCUCAGAGGCAGAGGGAGAAAUGAGGGACAAGGGAGCCCCACCUGCUUACAGAACAAACCAACAGGACAGUGAUAUUGAAGCCCUGGUUGGGUGUUUGGAAAAUGUCCUGGGUUGCACCUCUCUAGACACAAGGACCGUUACCAGUGCGGCUGCAGACAUGUCCCCCGGACCAUCAGUUUUCAACAGCGCGAUGGCCAGGACCAAGAUGAAACACGUGAAGGAAUCAGCCAUGCAGAAGCUAGGAACGGAAGUGUUUGAGGAGGUCUACAGUUACCUCAGGAGAGCAAGGCAUCAGAAGGCCUGUGAAGCAGAGAUCCGGGAGCACCUGGAGAUGGUGGUUCCUCGAGCCAGCGACUGCUUUGAAGUCGACCAGCUCCUCUACUUUGAGGAGCAGCUGCUGACCACAGAAGGAAAAGAGCCCACUCUCCAGAGCUGCCACUGUGAAGCUGCCACCAAAGAAGCACAUACAUUUCUGUGAAAAUCCAUGGGGUUUACACUCUGGAUUACAUCAUGGGAAACCAGUGCACAACUGGA